AUGCGAGGAGAGUCACCUAUUGCUUCCAACGGAACAGAGUGUGCACAAAUAAUUUCUGAUGAUCAUCUCGACUUUUCAUCAUCUGCGCUUGGUCCUUCUGUGAAGACAAGAUGGUUGCCGGGUGAUGCCGCAAGCUCUGAUAAAUCUGGUGAAGAAGGUGUGGCCACCUCUAUGAACGCGGGUGACGAGAAACCCGUACUCGGUCCUGAUGUAGUAACUCGUACUCCCUCUGAAAUGGCGGACGCGAGCAACGUUUCAAAGGAAGCCGGAUCAACCACUCCAAAAUUCUCAGACCCUGGCCUUGAAGCUCUUAAGAGCAAUAAUGGUGAGCUAAACGACGCAGAUGUUACGAAGAAGGAGAACAGUCAUCUGCAGCCGCCGUUGAGUCCUGCUUUGGCUUGA